AUGGCCUCAUUGUUCACAGCUGGCUUCUUUCAAACGUUUACUUUCCCUGCCCCUGAACAAAUCUUCAUCCAUGAUGCACUCUACGGUGGACAUCUAAUCACAGAACCCAUUCUAGUCGAACUUCUCCAAUCUCCGUCCCUUCUUCGACUUCAUGGCGUCAGCCAGCAUGGUGUUACGGGCCUUUUCGGCCUCACACCGCGCGUGACUCGCCUUGAGCACUCUGUGGGCGCAUUCCUGCUCGUGCGCAAAGUCGGUGCAAGGGUUGAAGAGCAAGUCUCUGCUUUGCUGCAUGACGUGAGCCACACAGUUCUCAGCCACGUGGUGGACUGGGCGUUCUCGACUCCAGGACAGGAGAGCUUUCACGAAGUUCAUAAGAAGCGGUAUAUCAAGACAACGGAACUGCCUGAGAUUCUUACUAAACAUGGAUUCGGCAACUUGAAGCCGUUGGACGAGGAACUGUACCCGCUGGUGGAAAAGCCCGCACCGCGUUUAUGCGCUGAUCGUCUCGAUUACGCCCUCCGGGACGCAGCCGCAUUCGGCAAAAUGGACAUUGCAGAUGUACGACGUGUAUUCGCGUCUUUGAAGGCUGUCCCUAAUGCGACUGAUCCAGCUCGACAGCUUGUGCUGGAGGACUCACAGCUGGCGUUAUCAUUUGCAAGGGCCUAUGUUGCAUGUGAUAGAGAUGUUUGGGCAAACGCAGCCCACAUCGACAUGGACCAAAGGACGGGUCUGCUGAUCGGAGAUGUGAUUCAGCGAGGAGCAGUCAAGGAGGAAUCAUUGUGGAAUCUAUCAGAUAAGGACUUCUGGGAGUUGUUACGCGGCAUCGCUAAUCCGGAUGAAUUGGAAAUGAUGAAGCGGUUAGAGUCUGAAGGUAUCCCUAAGAAGGCUGAUUCAGGACUUCCCCGGGGCGCGAAGAUCCGUACGCUUGACCCAGACAUCUACCUUCCGGAUACGAAGCGAAUUUUCCCCUUGUCUACUGUGCGACCCGAGUGGGCCACCGAGGUGCAAGAAUAUAUUCAAAGCCGCCGAUCCCAGCAAGACUAA